CUCGGCAAAAGGCAGAACAGAGAGCGUUUAACUGCAGUUUUUCACUGUUUUCAAAGAGAUAAUCCAGCAAAGCAAACGCAUGUCGUCUCAGACUUGGUCUUUUACAACAACCGAACCACUGUCUGUCGGAGCCAUCCUACAUACUUUCCUAAUCUAUCUCACUUGCUUUGCGCCAUAAGGUUCAACCAGUAAUCAAGAUAGAAAACUGGCUGCUGCUCCUAACUAAAACUAAAUACACGUCUCAACUAUUACGAUCCAGUCGUCUGAUCCCAUUAAGUUUUGGUAGGCGUUUAUAAGCAGUGAAAUAUUUUAUAGAGUGUGCAAUUUACCUGAUUCAUUAUACAAGAAAAAUUUAUUUUACAGACGCACAUGUAUCCAAACGUUUGAAUCUCGUUUAUCAUUAAUUAUGAAGCAACCUUUCAUAUAAAGUUCUCGAUUAAGAUAGACUCGUGUUGCAACUAAAAAAAUAAUCCGGUGAAAGUACUACACAAGUUUUUUUUAUUCCAAUGAUCCAAACAUACGAACCCAUAAUAAUAUCCACCAACGACUUUGGAAUGAUGCCCACGGGAUUCGCAGCACAUUCUGCGAUGACCUCGCGACAUUCUGGACAAGGGUUCUGUGAUAACGAUGCAGAAGAGGAUGGAAACUCAUCUACUGGUGAAAGUUCUUCAAAUAUCACAAUGGGAAAGAUAAAUAACAACAACAAGUCUUCCAACCACAAUAAGAAGGUGAAAGCAGCAAGCAGCUUGCCUCAAACCCCAGCAGCAUCACAAUCAAGUGCCUCCAGUCCAUCAGGCAUCCUCAUCCCUCCAGGUGUUGGCGUUGGUGGGAGACGGCAGGAAAAACCACCCUAUUCGUACAUUGCGUUGAUAGUUAUGGCCAUCAAAAGUUCACCAACAAAGCGACUAACUCUUAGUGAAAUUUAUCAAUUUCUUCAACACCGAUUCUCAUUCUUCCGGGGUCAAUAUCAGGGAUGGAAAAAUAGCGUUCGUCAUAAUUUAUCACUCAAUGAAUGCUUUAUAAAGCUGCCCAAAGGUCUCGGACGCCCAGGUAAAGGUCACUACUGGACUUUGGACCCCUCUUCGGAACACAUGUUUGAAGAAGGGAGUUUUCGGAGGAGGCCAAGAGGGUUUCGUCGAAAAUGUCAAACGCUGAAACCCUUCAAUUACUUUUCAAAUCCGCACAUGCCGAACUACAUGACAUCGGACGGAUCACCUGGAGGAGCAGUCACCCUAUUCAAUCACCAAUCUCACCACAACCAAUACGACUCCAUGGGGAGUGUUCCUUUUUCUUGUGGAAACUCGACCACAGUCUCCGUUGGUGGCGUGGCUCCAUGUGAACUCCCUCCUGCCACCAUCUCACCUUCGUCGUCGUCGGCCAUUGGAGUUGGGGUUGGCGUUAUUCAGAACAACCCCUUUGCCUUCAAUAAUAGCAACAGUAACAAUCAACAGCAUCAUCAGCAUCACCAUCAGGGCCUUAUGGGACAGCAACACAACAACAAUAGUGGAGGUGGAGGCAAUGAUAACAAUAAUCCUAGCUCAAUUUCUCACAUUUCCCAGUUCGUGUCUCCAUUUGAGACUAGUCCUGUAUAUACAAGCCAAUACAGCCCACCCCAAUAUCACCACCACCAUGAGCAUCAUUACACGGGAAGUCAUGUUAGUGGUUCCAUAAACAAUCCACACUACUCCCCCCUGGAUUUUGAUGAGGUGGGAGGUCCACAAGGAAAUGGGGGUAACAGCACUCCAGCAAGUGGUGAUGGUGAAAGUCCUCAGCAUCAGCUCUCACUGAACAAUACCAGCUACGGCGGAUUGGGAAGCAAUAAUAUCAGUGGGGAAGGAAGCAAUUAUGACUGUUCCUCAAUAACAAGUAACAAUAAUACUGCUUCUUCUUCCCCUUCAUCUUCUUCUGCUGCUGCUGUUGCGGGGAAUAACAAUGGGAGCCCUUCCAGUCAACCAAUUCCAGUCUCAUCCUCCACCAUAAUCUGUCCCAAUAUUAGUACAGGCACUGGAGGUCAUGUUUGGGGUUUGGCAUAUGGUGUUGGGGGUGGUUCAACCGUACCACAUUAUUACAACAGGAUUUCAGAUCGCGUAAUCGGGAGUGAAAGUCCCAUUCAGGGCCCGAAUGAGAAUAACUGCGGUGAAAUGGUGGGCUCCUCCGUCCACCUUCGUGGACUGCAUGCAUCGAAUUUUGUUGGACACCUUUCCGAGUCCCAAAUGACGAUUGCUGCUGGAGUACAUCUCAGAGCCCAUUUAUCCUCACCAAAUUCAUAUUGAAAACAAGCCAAGUCUCACAGUGCCUCCAUCUCAUCUCGCCUCCAUCCCUGAGACAUUUGUAGAGAAAUACUACGCCAAAAACCUGAUGCUGACUUUUAGAUCCAACCAUCAGGACACAACCGAUGAAAUGGAAAAUGGAACCUGCUUCUCUAUUAUAAUCAUAACUAGGAAAUACCAAUUAGUAAUUUAGCAAGAAUUAAAAUACCUCUAAAAUAAUUAGAAUUAAUAAUAUUUUAUCCAGUUGUACGUACCCUUUACUAGUCAGUACAAGACAUACAAUAGCUUUUUAAUUAAUUUUAUUUAGAUUAUGUUUUACGGUGGUAUUUUUCUCACAACCCUAUAAUCAAUAAUUUAUCAAUGCAAUUAAUUUUUAUUAUGAAUAUAAGUUUCUACAGCCUUCUUGAUAUUUGUUUCGUCAUACGUAUAGUAUUGUUAAGUAUUACAUAUUGUUAAGAUUCUUAAUUUAAGAACCUCCUCUCACAUACGUAAUUUUGUGUUGAUCAGCACAGUCAACAGUUAAUAAAAAAAAAUGUAAACUUGCA